AUGUCCCUCAAUGGCUUCAAUACCUCCACCAACGCUCAACAAUCCCCUAUGAAACACAUUUUAAUCUGCAUUUGUAUUAGCCUGGAUGCCAGACUUGAAUUGCUCUUCCAGUGUAGGUACACGGGGAUCUCCAUACAAACUGUGGUUAUAGAAGUAUUUGCCAUACAAGAUCCUCCUCUACCAGUUGCUGCUCUGGGACCCAUUAGAGUACAACUGAGGUUGGCUAAUGGAGAAUGCUCAUCAAAGGGCUGUAAUGAAGUUGAAGCAGCCUAUACCUCUUUCUAUACGGAGGCCGACUACCCUGUGACCAAAGUACUGCGGGACCCAGUGUUCGUGGAGGUUCAGCUCAUUGAAAAGACGGAUCCAAACCUUGUCCUGACUCUUGGUCGCUGUUGGGUAACUAAUUCCCCCAAUCCUCACCAGCUGCCUCAGUGGGACAUUCUGAUAGAUGGGUGUCCCUACAGCGAUGAUCGCUACCUUUCCACACUGGUUCCAGUCGGUGCCUCCUCUGGUCUGCCCUUCCCAACUCACUACCGGCGUUUCAUUUUCAAAAUGUUUGCCUUUGUGAACAGCGACUCACUAGAGCCCCUGAAGGAGGAGGUGUACAUUCACUGUAGUACAGCUGUGUGCACUCGUGAUGAAGGCCGCAUCUGUGAGCCCUCAUGCCACAGGACAAAGAGAGAGGCCGAAGCAACACACCAGACAAGGACUGAGCCAAAAUUGGUGGUUACUGUUGGACCUGUGACCAUGGUUGACCACUCACAUUCGGACACCAGUUAAUGUUUCACCUGGAGCAUUAAGAUGGUUCAGUUAUGCUAAAAACUAAAAUACAAAGUCUGCAACAGGAAGAAUGAAAUGAAUCACCAAAGUCUUGUAACAAAAAUAUGUAUUAAAAAUAUUGGCUUUGAAA